ACUCAUCUUUCUAACCGCUAUCCCUCCUCCAUCUCCGACUCUCUCCACCCCACCCCACCCACCACCCCUGCCGCCUACCACCGUCGCCCCUGCGCCCCAUCCCACCCGCCUCUCUCUCCGCCUACCACAACCCUCCGUCUCUCUCGUGUACCCCCACCCCUCCCCGUCCCACCCCCACUCCCCAACUCUCCACUUUUGCCCGCCACCAACCCCUGUCCCUCCCCUCUCUCACGCAAAAGGUUGAGAAGGUGAAGGUCUUCUCUCUCUCAUUCCCUCUCUCUCUUGAAGAAAGAUGAGAUGUUGAUGGUGCGUCAUAGAAUCUUAGAUCUGGGUAUUUUUUUUAUUUUGGUACAUGUUCAUUAUUUUAUUUUAUGAAAUGGUAUAGACGUAUAAUUUUGUUUUUUAUAAUGGUAUUGAUUUUUUCUGCAAUGGUACUGUUUUGAUUUUCAGAGUAGUAGUGGUAUGGUUGAUUUUGGUAUUGGUUUCACUCUUGUAAUGGUAUACAUUGUUUAUAUUGGUAGUUUUAGUGUAAUGGUAUUGUUUUUCGUAAUGGUAUUGAUUUAUUUCCGCAAUGGUAUUGGUGUUUUGUGAAAUGGUAGUGUUUUUAUUUCUCGAAUGGUAUUGGUGUUUUGUGCAAUGGUAGUGUUUUACGAAGUGGUAGUGGUUGUCUAAUGGAUUGAUAUUGAUUUCUUGUUUUUUUGUUAUAAUGGUAUUGGUGUUUUUCGAAGUGGUAGUGAUUGCCUAAUGGAUUGAUAGUGAUUUCUUGGUUUUUUUCUUUUGCAGAAAGAUUGAAAAAAAAAGUAGAUCUGAUUGGAGAUUAUGGUAUACCGGCCGUCAUCUCCCCGUCCACCCUCCUCAUUUCUUUGUUUAUUGAGAGAAGUAAAACCAUGGUUUGAUUCUUCUUCGCUAUUGGUUCAAUUACUCCUUUCAGUUUGUUUGAUUACCUACUUUGAUUUUAUUUCUUCCCUGCCGAACUUGGUUUUGGUUCAUCCUAAUUAAACUCUGUGUUCAGGAAUUUUUGGGUAUUGGUGGCUGCAAACGUAGGUGAAAAAGGAACUCUUGGGUUACAGUCAGAAUUAGCCAUUAUUAUUUCAAGGUACAGACAAUUUUCACAACCUUCACUUUCACGUGUAAAGUUGGGCAAAGCCUUGCGAAAGUAAUUGAACUUGGAAGGAAGCACAUAUGGAUCAAAGGCUCAUUGCCUUUGAUCCAUAUAGCAACAGUAUAGUUGUGAUUCCUUUCUUCAUAGUUUCAAGAAUAGUCAAUUGAGUAUUUACAUUUUGUUAAAGAGAAUCAAACUAAAUUAUAGUUGUAGUCGCACAACUCAACUCCUAUUAAAUGUCUCAUUAACAGUUUUAUACAUGAUUUAGUUGUUAGAACGGCAUCGUAUUACGUAAGAGUUGAGAAUCCAUAAACGAGAUGUUAUAAGAAAUCUCAAUCGAGCCGGUAUAUCAAGUAUAAAAAAAAUUUCAACAAUGGGUCGAAUAUUAUGACUAAGAGACUUUUGAUAAAGUAUGAUGAAAUUUUCAACAUCUUUCAUUACAUAGAUAAAUUCUAUUUAUAAAAAUUUCAAUUCAAAAUCUCUGAUAAAAUCCUCCACGUAAUAUAAUUAUUUAAUUAAUAAACCUCAGUAUUCCAACCAAGUGGUCGGGUUCAAGCUAGUUGUAUGAGAGUAAAGACUAGGGAUUGCGAUGGGGCGGGUUUGGGAGGGGUUUGCCUAAACCAACUUCAUCCCCAUUUCCAAAUAUCCAAACUCAUACUCGCUCUAUACCCAUGCAAUGGACGAUUUUACAAACUCAUCCUUAUACCCGCAAUUUUUUUAUAUCCAUAGUAAUACCCGUCCCAUCAGCUACUCACCAUUAAUAAAAGAAUGUGGUGACAAAUAUGGAUACUAUCCGCCCAAAAUUAUUGAACUAAUACAUAAGAGGGUGAAAUUACUAUUUGGUUGCCAUCAAUUACAUUUUAACACUUUAUUUUUUCUUUUAACUACCCUUCAUUCCAUUGACAAGUUACAAUAGACUCCUUGUAUUUUAUGCAUAUAUAACAUAAUAUCCUUAGUGGGGCGGGUUUGGGUAGGGGUAUGGGGCAGGGGAGUCCAAAAUCAUAGCCGCUUCAUCCCAAUCAACAUUUUUGCUUGUUGCGGAUUUUACCCAUACCCGGCCCAUACCCAGUAAAAACGGGAAUUCCCCGUGUUGACUGGGUCGGAGGGGGUCGAAUAGCCGCGACCAUGGGCUUGGUUGUCAUCCCUAGGAAAGUGAUAACUCGAUAUUUGCACAUGUAUUUGCGCACUAUUCUUACACUGUUUGAGACUCGAUUCCCGUGUUUUAAACCAGUUUCACGCUAGGUUGUUCUUGUAUGGCGUAUUGCAGGUCUUGGAUCGGCUGUGCAUGCUUGGAGGCGAGUUUUGGGUCAAAAUCACCAAGUGGACGAAACGAGGAGUUCGAGGACCAAAAUACCUAGCCUGACCACUAUUCCCCCGAUUGGAGAAAUGCCAUCACAGUCAGGGAAGUCGUCAAGGGGAACCCCCAUCGAGACCCUUAAAUCACCGAUCGGGGAUUCGAACAGGAGGCCUGGGAUUUGAUCAUGGAACCGUAAUCAGGCGGGUGUUCGAUAGUCGGGCUGUUUAGAGCCAAACCCAGGUUUUGACAAUUCAUUGGAGUUUUGAAGUAGAAAACAGAUGUUUAGCGAGAGAAAGUGACGAACAAAGACCCUUGAGUUCCCUAGAUCAAGUUUUCCCAUUAUUGGAGCUCAAUUCAAGCUUCGAGGAGUGAUGAUUGAUGACCCGGAGCAGAUUUCUGCUGUCUACACGAUUUUUACAUCCGACAUAGCAUUCCUCUCUCUCUCUCUCUAUAGAGUAAUCCCUUCUGCCACUUGGGUAUGAAGAAUCCUAGUUUUGCUUGUUAGGAUCAGUUGUAUGAACCCUUUUUCAAUACAUUGACGAUUAUAUAUCCAAUUGAGGAUUUAUUCAGAAAUCUAUGAGUCUUGAUCACACUUGUAUGUUUUCAUCUUUGACCUAUAAUGAUAGAAUCUAAAUAGGUCAAUAGAGCAUCCUGAUUUGGAAGUGGUGAAUCGAUUGUGCGAGAGUCAAUCGAUUCAUUGCUCUGUACUGGUAUUCAUUCCAGUAGAGGAGAUAUGUUUUUAUUGCUUUAGCACUUUAUCUCGGUGAAGGUUAGUCGCAUGUCGGGUAACGUGUCUGAGAGGACUUGGUUAGGUUAAGAGAUUCCAAACUAGGUCAUGAUCUUCCGGAGUAUAAAUCUAAAUUGAAUUUGGGUGAAUUACAACUCGACUUAACUGCAGACUAGGGGGAAUCAUUACCUGAGUGGUUCCUUCUUGAACUUGGAAACCAGAACAUCUAGCUUUUUUUAUUUAUUUUGCCUUUGAACACUUCACUCAUUCUUCACACGAUCAAUUGGCAAGCUGACCCACUCAACGUGUUGCUGGUGAAACUGGAGCAGCAAAGCUGGGAUCCGAAAUUGUCUGCCCUCAAAGACAACCCAAUUUCUUGAACGCCAGAAGACCGCAACAACCGCCAUGAAAAGUUGAGGUUGAUGUAUCAAUAACAUCAACUUUUAAAGAAAUAGCAGAAACGUGUGAUGUGGCAAACCUUGGCCAAGAUAUUCGAGUCCAGAAUGAACCCAUAAAGCCCUUGCCACUGGGAAAUCAAGAAACAAAUGCUCCAUUGUUUCCGAUUCUGCCCAACAAACCGGGCAUUUGGGACUCACCUGGACUUUCUUCUCAAUAAGUGCUUCCGUCGUAGGAAGGAUCCGUUGGAAAAGUUGCCAUAAGGACACCUUUAAUUUGGGUGGAAUAUGGGCUUCCCACAGGCAAAUCCAACUCGGCCUAUCCAUCCAACUUGCCAAGGAGCACCACUGGCCUUCUUGCUUAUCUAAGAAGACCGUAAGGUGAUAGACCGAUUUGACAGUGAACAUCCCAUCACACGUGUUAUGCCAGAGCAACCUAUCCUCCACAUCCUGCAAGGAAGAGGGAUUGCUUUGACAGCAUGACAAGUAGUUGGGUCAAACCACUGACUGAGUUUAAGAUUACACCACCGACCUCCCCCUUGGAAAAUUACCUCCGCCACCUUCGGGUCGCCACCCUCAGGUGACACUUGAGGAUUAUACACAGCCUAGGCCCUUGGCUAAUAAUUCCCGACCGAAAAGGAUACUCUGUCAUCCCCACGACGGUCGAGACCACGCAGUGGUCUAAAGGAAAGUCCCCGUGGAGAAAUAUUUCCCUUUUUAAACCUAGGCCAGGAGCGACUGUGGCUCAUUGAGGACGCGCCAUCCAAUUUUUGUCAAAAGCGCCUGAUUAAAUUGUUCAAACCGACGAAAUUUCAUUCUUCUCAUCACGCUUAUUCUGACACACAUUCCUCCAGGACAACCAUGGUAACCGGGGAUUACCCCCGUCGACACCCCACCAGAAUCAGGCCACAUAUCUGUCUUAGAUUCGACAAAGCGAAAAGUGAAAGUUUGAAACAGGACAUGACAUUUAAUGACAAAGCCAAAGUGAUUGAUUUAAUCAAUAUCUCCUUUGUUGCCCAAAAGAGUAUUGUUCUUUGCUUCCACUCCUGAAGCCGAUUCAGCAGCUUAGCCUCCAAAAAUCGGAACGCAGUGAAGUGUAAAAAGAACAAACAGUGAAUUCAGGAAUUUAAUAAGUACUUAUGUGUUGGGUCCUUCAUUUUCUAGUUUGUAUUGAUCAACUCUUGUCGGGCCCGAUCCAAAUCCAAUCUCGGCCCAUCCUUAUUCCAAUCCAAAAUUUUAUUUUUAAUACACUUGGAACAUCAGUCCUACCAACCAUCUCUGGAUUUUCCUUACAUCAGUCCUACACUCCAUUUCUUGUCCACUCUCCCAUCCCGCCAAAGCUUACCCUUGCGGUCUUGCCCCAACCUGAACCCGCCAAAAAAUUCCAUCGCAAGAACACAGCUCUGCUGCAUCUGCUAAAAUGAUACCUUCCCACCAAAAAUUCAUUACACACAAACGCUCAAAACGGAUCCCAAUUCUUUUUAUUCUUCAUUCCCUCCUCCUGCGGGGGAGAAAAAAAAAACAAACUUGAACUAUGGCUUCCCCAAAUCACCUUCUCUUCUUACUUACCAUCAUCUUUCUCGCUCUCUGCAAAAUCUCCGAAGCUCAACCCUUCAAUGGCUCCUUUACUUGCUCCACCGCUUCUCCGAUUCGCCGCUGCGAUUCCUAUCUAUACCAUCCUUCUGCUCCUCCUUCGAGAGGAUUCAAUUCCACGGACUUGAUAAACCAGGUUGCUUCCAUCUACUCUGUGAGCAACGACGACGUGGAACCCAUCACCCACGGCGGCGGCGGGAAACAACAAGGGUAUCUCGUCUCUGUCCCCUGCUUCUGUAGAGAGAACCAGAGCUACCCACAUGGCGGAUACUACUCCUAUGACACGGUUUACACCCUACAGCCAGGUGAUACACUCGGAAAUUCCUCAAACACGGUUUCUGCAAAUGGAGAACCGAUUAAUGCCGGGGAUAUGAUCGGAAUCGAGCUCCUUUGCGGCUGCUCCGGGGAUGAAUCCAUCGACAUUGUGACCUAUUUGGUUCAGGAAAACGACACGUUGGGGAAAAUUGCUGAGCUUUUGUCUGCAAGCGUAGAGGAGAUUGUGAAUUUGAACGAAAGGUUGAGUCAGCAAGCGUCGAGUUUGAUAGAGGAGGGAAAGCUGCUUUUUGUUCCCAGAAAGAAGCAGAGAAGAAGAAUCAAGCCAGGUCGAAAAAAGCGCGUUGGGUUGAGCUUGGGAGUGUUGUCUGGAAUCAGCUUACUGUUGGUGAGCUCAUUGGGUUUCACCAUUCUGAAAAGAAGAAGAUUUGGUGGAGAGAAGCAAGAAGGAGCUCCGGACAAGGAUGUGGAAGCAUGCAGAAGCACUUCAACAUUGUCGUUGCUGUCUUACUUCCAAAAGCAUGAUUUUGAAGAAGCGACAUUAGAAUCUGAGAAGCCUAGAGUAUACACCUUGAAGGAGAUCGAUAAGGCAACAAAUGGGUUUGAAGAGAGCAGGAUCAUUGGGGAAGGUGGCUAUGGAAGGGUGUAUUAUGGUCUUUUAAGAGGAAAGGAAGUUGCAAUCAAGCGGAUGAAAUCUAACAGAUUAAGCGAGUUCUUCGCAGAGCUGAAGGCGUUAUGCAAGGUCAAUCACAUCAAUGUGGUGGAGCUACUGGGAUAUGCAAGUGAAGAGGAAUUUAUGUACUUAGUGUAUGAGUAUCUCCCCAAUGGGUCACUCAACAACCAUCUCCACGAUCCUCUAAGGAAGGGUCACGCAACUCUUUCAUGGACUGCUAGAGUACAGAUAGCAGUUGAUGCAGCGAGAGGGAUUGAGUACAUUCACGAUCACACCAAGGCUCGGUAUGUACACCGUGACAUCAAGACAGCCAACAUCCUGCUCGAUCAAGGACUCAGGGCUAAGGUCGCGGAUUUUGGGUUGACGAUGUUAGCAGAGAGAUCGAUUGAAGAAGACUUUGUUGUGACUAGAUUGAUGGGAACACCAGGUUACAUGGCUCCAGAAUGUGUGCGUGAGCUCCAAAUAACGACCAAGAGUGACGUAUUUGCGUUUGGAGUGGUGCUGGCAGAGCUCAUAACUGGGCGGAAUGCAAUAGUGCAUGACCACCUGCAACCCUCGGGGAUGAAGUCACUGGCCAUGACUAUGGUUAAAAUCUUCCGAGAUCAACACCCGGAGAUGGCUCUUGAAACCAUCAUAGAUAGUAAUCUGAGAAGAAGCAGCCUAUUGCAAGACGUACACAAGAUGGCGGAGGUUUCAAGAUGGUGUCUAAGCGAAGAUCCGUUGAGCCGACCGGAGAUGGGAGAGGUGGUGCAGAUGCUGAACCAGAUAUUGAUCUCUUCCGUGGAGUGGGAAGACUCACUUGGAGGAAGCAGUCAGGUUUUUUCUGCUAUGGACAUUGGACGUUGACCAACUAGGGCUUUGUAUAUGUCAGACUCAGAGUCUCAAGCAAUACGCUUUGUUUGUAUAUAUCAGCAGCAAUACACUAGAUGUCAAACCGGGUACCUCGGAGAUCUAGUUAUUUUCUGAGUUGGACGACAUGCUGCUUUACUGGUUUGAUCUUACUUUCUUUGUCUCUUGCUUAUGAAGGUCUCUCACAAAUGUUUGUUGCUUGGAAGUUGGAAUAUCCUAAUUGAACCGUAGCAGCUAUGUUGUUGUAGCAUGGCAUGGAAGGGACAUUGCAUUCCAUAUAAAGAUCUCACUGCAAUCUGUUCCUAAACUGAAAUGUUACUGUUGAAACUAAAAGACUCAAGACAUCAUUCAGCAGAGCAACAAUCAGCAACUGGGGUUCAGAGUAUUCACUAUCAAUUGAAUGACUUGAUCGGUGGAUCCUUAAUAGCUUGGAACAUUUCAAUAUUUUCUAAAACUUUGGACACAAUCCGGCAUAAUUAAGAGUUUAUAGUGCAAUAAACUACGAUGGUUAGUUAGCUCAACAUUGUAUUGAUGUUGAAGACUCUGGUUGCUCGUCUGGCUUGUUGUGCGUUGCUCGGAUGGGCAUGAACUGCUGGCCAUUGGGGGCCGUCAUCAAGGUGCUUCUGAUUUCUACUUUGCCAAGAUGCUAGAGCCACUAUUUCUCUUGCGACCUCAAGAAGUCUACCAAGGGUUGCUGGUGGAGCGAUCGAUGGAUCCUUGCUUCGAGAUUGUCAUCAUUUUCUUGGGUCAAAUUCUCUUUGUAUAGAUUUUAGGGCAAUUUAGAGAACUGUCAACGGAACUUCUUAUAAAUUGGCACGUAAAGCUCUAUUGUUGUCUUCUUUAGAAACUAGCUUGUUGUCUGACCUGUUGGUCGGAAUGUCAUUUGAAUAUAAUGUAUUUAUGAUGUGUACUUAAAUUCUUUAAAUUAUUUGUAAUGCUGAAUUUCGUAUGACAUUAAUGUGACAUCGAAAUUAUUUUUCCAUUUUCAAAGUUCUUAUAUCUAUUCAUCAACGAUGAACAUUGUAAUCGUAAUUGUUAUAACCAAAGUUGUCAAACCAAUUUAAGUCGUUGAGUCGGUCAAGCAAGUUGUUUGAAGUUUAAUGGUUUGAUUGAAGUCCAGACUGUUUGAGCCGUUUCACACCUUUUCUAAAUAUAUUUACAUAUAAUAUAGAAAUUUUGUAACUCAAAUGAAAUUAUGUACCAACUUAUAUCUAUUAAAAACUCAAAUUCUAUAAAAAAAAUAUCUAUCUCAAGAUCCACCCAUCAUCCCCUUGCCUCUCUCCCCCCUCCCCUUUCCCUCUCUCUUCUUCUCUCUCUCUAACGAUCAGACCCUUGGUUUUGUAGAGCCCGUUCUGGAGCACGAUUUUGGUCGGAUCUAGUCCAAGCAGCAUCCCGGUAGAGGUGUAACAACCUUGGUUGUAACACUCGUGAAUAACCAUUCAUAACUUGUUUAUUUAAUGAUGUAGUCACUUAGUUGCCUAUGGUUGAAAAGAAAAUUGGCAUAACAAAAAAACAGUUUGUCU